GAGAUAGUAAUAAGGAAAAGAAGAUGUCGAAGCUAUUUUCGAGGCUUGCUGGGUUAUUCAGCGGCAAGAAUCUGGCGGGCGUGGACAAAGCAGGAAAUCGAUAUUUCACCCGAAAAGAAGAGAUUGAUGGCGUUAAUUGGGAGGAGAGAUUGAUGGUGAAAGAGAAACGAUGGGUGAUAUUCAAAGGAGAGGAUGACCCAACCUCUAUCCCAGUUGAAUGGAUAUGUUGGCUGAAUGGGCAGCGGAAAAAGGCUCCUACCCCAGAGGAAAUGGCUGAACUCGAAGCAAGGCGAGAACGUGUUAAGCUUAAUGUUACUCUUCUUAAGAAAGAAGAAGAAGAAAGGAGAGCUAGAGAAGGCAGUGCAAGCAAACCUGUUACCGCUGGUAAAGUUGGAGGCCCAGACUUAAAAAGUUUCAUUCGACAAUUUCCUGUUGCUGCAGAAGGUGACAAAGUUGACAGAGCAUCUAAUGCAAGCCAUGAUAUAAGGACAAAACAAGCUGAAGCAGAAAGAGCAGAACCUCUGCCAGACCUUGCAGAACCAACAGGAUCCGGUGCAUCCUACAGACCAGGGACGUGGCAACCGCCAACAUUUGACUUUAAAGAUAAAUUGAUUCUUUUAUGCAAUCAGUGUUUUGGGGCACUAAACAGGCAAGUUCUUUAUUUCUUGUAUGUUUGAAGAGUUGUACUAGAUGGCUUUGAAUUCAUAAGCAACGUUUCUACAAAAACUCCUAGUCAGUUGAUGUAAAACUGUAACUUAAUUUUUCUGCAUAUGUUCUACAAAUCUACCAAGAGUUGAUGCCAAAUUUUGAUCAUGCAA